AUGACACCCUCCAGAUCUCAAAUGCUUACACAGCUCGCCCUUGCCGCGCUUCUGAAUACAGUCGCCAUGGGCGCACCAAUCUCGCGAUCAGAGGCCUCAGCUGCUGGCUCGACGAACGUAUCGCUCGCUACCGCGCCCUCUCGACCUCUACAGCCCACAAUUCCAACCCACAACUUGACACGAUCGACUAACCAUACCGAGUUCUUGAACGGCGGCUAUUGGCCUGACUGGGAAGAAGACAUCGCAGAUGUUUGUCUCGAUGUAGGCACUUUGAGCCAUGUCAACUACGCCUUUGCCCAAGUCCUUGACGACGGAUCUAUCUCGAUUGCGAACCCCGAUGGCCUGUGGAGAUGGAUGCAGAGGAAAGGCACGCAUCCGGAUCUGAAGGUUUCUUUGGCUGUCGGCGGAGGUACAGCGAUGGCAACUGAGGCCUUCGCCGCAAUGGCGUCCGAUCCAACAAAGCUCGCCUUCUUUAUCACGUCGAUUCAGGCAGCCGUAGAGGGAUAUGGUCUUGAUGGAAUUGAUAUUGAUUGGGAAUAUCCGCAAACCACCGAGCAGGGUCAACAGCUCCUAACACUCCUCCAGAUGUUGCGACAAGCCAUGCCACGACCCUUCCACAUCAGUGCCGCUGUACCUACCGGUGAUUGGGCCCUUCAAUACAUUCCGUUAGCCGAAAUUGCGGAAGUCAUCGAUCUCCUCAACCUGAUGGCUUAUGACUUUGUCGGUGCCACCUUCGCCAACACAUUUGUAACGGGACACCAGGCCAAAUUAUACUCAGCUGGCGCCGGUGGGGCAAGUGGAAAUGCGGCGGUAGAAUACAUCGAGAGUCAGGGGUUUCCGGCCAACAAAAUCCUCCUAGGCGUACCGUUGUAUGGUCGGGUCUUCGAUGGCGCCAACUGGCUGAAUGAGAAGUUUUCCGGCACAAGCGGUGAUAGUGAGUACCUAGUCAAGGAUCUCCCGAGGCCGGGUAUGCAGGAAUUCUACGACAGCGAUGCCGUUGCGGUGUUCGCAGUAGGCGACGGGCAGUUCAUUACCUACGACAACGCUCAAUCCGUCUCUGAGAAGGCCAAAUACGUGCGAACAAGAGGCCUGGCAGGAUUGUUCUUCUGGCAACUGACGGCGGACCGUUGCAGGGACGGGAGCCUAGUCAGGGCCGGAUAUGAGGGCCUGAAGGGAUUCCAUCGAUAA